CACAUGCUCAAGCUGACCGAUGCCGGCAUGCGCAAGGUCGGCUGGUGGAGCCGGCAAGACGGCAUCGUGCUGACCAACAGGACAGCCUUCUUCGGCGCCAGCGAGCGGCCGUUCGUCAUGCUGAGCAGCAACGCCAACCUGACGGGCAACAGCAGGUUCGAGGGCUUCUGCGUGGACCUGCUGGCGCGCGUGGCUGAGAUGGUUGGGUUCCGGUACCGGCUGGAGUUGGCGCCCGAGGGCGUGUUCGGUUACCAGGACGCCGAGACGGGCCAGUGGAACGGCGUCGUGCGACGCCUCAUGGACAAGAAGGCGGAUCUGGCUGUGGCUUCGAUGACUAUCAACUACGCCAGGGAGAGUGUGGUCGACUUCACCAAGCCUUUUAUGAAUCUGGGCAUUAGUAUCCUGUUCAAGGUGCCCAAGAGUCAGCCCACUCGUCUGUUCAGCUUCAUGAACCCGCUGGCUGUGGAGAUCUGGCUGUACGUCAUGGCCGCCUACGUUAUCGUCUCCUUCACCAUGUUCGUGAUGGCGCGCUUCAGCCCGUAUGAGUGGAACAACCCGCACCCGUGCUUCGCUGAUAACGACGUGGUGGAAAACCAGUUCAGCGUCAGCAACAGCUUCUGGUUCAUCACGGGCACCCUGUUGCGUCAGGGGUCCGGCCUCAAUCCCAAGGCGGCGUCCACCCGUAUAGUGGGCAGCAUCUGGUGGUUCUUCACGCUCAUCAUCAUCUCCUCCUACACGGCCAAUCUGGCCGCCUUCCUCACCGUCGAGCGCACGUCCACCUCCAUACAGAGCGCGGCCGACCUGGCCAACCAGGAGGACAUCGAGUACGGCACGCUGGAGGGGGGCUCCACCAUGACCUUCUUCCGCGACUCCAAGAUCGACACGUACCAGAAGAUGUGGCGCUUCAUGAACAGCCGCAAGCAGUCCGUCUUCGUCUCCGACCACAAGUACGGCGUGCAGCGCGUACUGAAGGGCAACUACGCCUACCUGAUGGAGUCCACCGGACUGGACUACAUCGUACAGCGCAACUGCAACCUCACGCAGGUCGGCGGCCUGCUCGACUCCAAGGGUUACGGCAUCGCCACUCCAGCUGGGUCGCCCUGGCGGGACCGGAUCUCGCUAGCCAUCUUGGACCUGCAGGAGAACGGCGUGGUACAGAUGCUGUACAACAAGUGGUGGAAGGACACGGGCGACGUCUGCAACCGGGACGAGAAGAAGUCCGAGUCGAAGGCCAGCGAGCUGGGCAUCGAGAACAUCGGCGGCGUGUUCGUAGUGCUGCUGUGCGGCCUCUCGCUGGCCAUCAUCGUCGCCGUCCUCGAGUUCUGCUGGAACUCCAAGAAAAACGCGCAAACCGAUCGGCAAUCCAUCUGCCUGGAGAUGGCCAACGAGCUGCGGUUCGCCAUGCGGUGCCACGCGCCCCGACAGCGACCCGCCCUGCGCCGCUCGUGCUCCCGCUGUCACAACACCACCGCCACCUACGUCCCGCAACCGCCGCCACGACCGCCAUCUGUUGGCUGUGACGUCAUCGCUGCCCGUCUGGCGGAGAACGGCGGCUCUGGCAAUGGCUACGCGUUGGAUCAUCGCGGCACCUUGCUGGAGUACUCUUGAUUUGAGACCCUCCCGCUGUGUGGUGUAAGUGUGCUGGAUUUGGGCACUGAUGUGGUGCUAGUGGACCAGUGCGGAGUGGCCGGCGACCGGCUCACUGGAACGAGUGACGACUGCACGCGAGAUAGGACCGUGGACGGACUCCAGAGGCAGCUCGCCACGUGGGCCGCAUUCCAGGGCAACGAGCGGACUGCACACUUGGCCCGCUUAUGAUGUUGGUAAUGUGCGGUUAGUUGAAUCUAGCUGACGGGGCGUGGAUGGUUGCUGCUUUAGAGCGUACCUGUUACCUGCACAGUCUUGGGAGGUACAAACUGAUGUGUUUUUUCCCACGCACGAUCUCGUUUUUAUGU